AUGAGUGACAUUCACUAUGUUCAUCUCUUACAAUACUACAAAGUUGCGUACAACAAUGAACAAUUAGUUCACUUUCAACAAGCGUCAGAAUCAUCAUACUUUGUCGACAAUACAAUCACCCUGUUGAAAUACAUCAACAUCCUUGGGCAGGUCUACAAGGGUAAAGGUGAAUCUGGAAGUCGUGGCUCUCUUGUACAAGCAAAGUUCAUUGGAAGUACUGGUGAGCAUAUCAUCGCAUACACGGGUCAAAUACAGUACAUUUUCACCCAUUCUUUCACUCCUCCACCUACCUCUUCAUCCCUUACUCCCUUGCUCCGCACCCAUCGCCGCCCAACACAACUUCUUCACAAUUCUCAACAUACUUUUGCAUUUAUCAAAUGGUACACACCCGAAAAUGAUAAAUCGCGAGAGUACGAACACGUUGAAACCUGCUUUCCAACAUUUUCUCCUGACGAUUUCCAAUGUGUAUUGCCAGUGCAUAGAAUUAUGUUAGAAGUAGCAACUGCUGAGCACACAACACGCAGAAAAGUAAAAAAGAUGCUGGUCAUUCCUUUGCCAAAAAAACAAUACAUUUAA